AUGAGUGGAAAGAGCAGUGAGCGUUCAAUCGAUCGGCUCAGCAGCUUGCCAGACGAAGUCAUAUGCCACAUUCUCUCCUUCCUCCCCACAAAGCUCUCUGUGUCAACAUGUGUUCUCUCGAAAAGAUGGAGGUUUUUGUGGGCCCACGUCCCCGUUUGGGAUUUCGAAGGAAGAUUUGAUGGAGUAGAAUGUUUCGAAGAUGAAACACCAAAUCCAGACGUGAUUUACAGGGUUAUUCUGUGGCACAAGGCGAUAACAAUGCGUACUCUUCGGCUCCACGUUAUAGAUUGCAAUGAGUAUCAACUGGAGACGUGGAUCUCCACUGCCAUUGGGCGUAAAAUACAGAAUCUUUAUCUCGAGUUUGUCCAUACAAAUAUUGUUAUGUUGCAUAGAUCCCUCUUCAACUGCAAAACCGUGGUCGACAUGAGUCUCGGAUACUGCAAAGGCUUCUCUUCAACUGGGGACAUAUGUUUGCCUAGCCUCAAGAAACUUCAUCUUUAUCAUGUUGUGUAUGAGGAUGAUGAAGCCCUUUCGCACUUGCUUUCUGGUUGUCCUUUGCUCCAGGAGUUGAUCCUCGAUUGCCCCGAUGAAGAAACUAAUACGAAAUUCUUGAAUGUAUCAUCAUCCACGAUAAAAAUGCUUGAGGUGAAUUUGGGAGAUGACGUUUCCUUUUGUACAAACACGCCAGCACUUAGAUGUCUCCGUAUGGUUGAUUGUGAUUGGGAUUUCACCAGAAUUCCAAAAGAUAUGCCCUCCUUAGUUGAGGUGUACAUCCGUUUUAAUCAUUGUCAUUACUUUCACAUUGACAACAAUGACAGCUCCAAUGUGCUAAAGGGUUUUCAUCGUUUACGUAACAUCAUGUGCCUGAAGAUAUCGAGCUGUCAAUACCUGAAGGGUAUUGGCGGCAUUGUUGGUCCAAUCAUAAAGUUUAACAAUUUAACCAAACUUGAACUCCGGUUGGGUGUUGAAUGGCAUUUGCUUGUGGAAUUUCUUGAAGUUGCUGAUAAUCUUCAAGUCCUUAUUGUAGCUAGAGUUUGCCAAUGCAACGCUUUUUAUCGUAAUUUAAAAUAUUGGGAUUCUUGUAUGGAGCCGAAACAAGUGCCUAAAUGCCUACUAUCGUCUCUAAGAACUGUCACAAUUAAGCAACCAAGCGAGGCGGACUGCUUCACGGCACGGAGGCCUGGAACUGUCGCGGCGCGGGACUGCUCACGGCGUGGUGUUGGAGUAGCAACCUGGUUCCAAUGCACGAUGGAGAAGAGGGCCUGGUCUCGGAGCUGCUCUGUUGCACACUCGCGAGUACGACGGCGAAGGGUGGCUGAAGAUGCGUCUCUGCUGGGCGAGGUGAAGUGCCGCGGCACGAGGAUGCAUGCAAUGGCGUGA